UGGAGGGAAGCAAACGCCACCAUGACCGGCAGAUCUCAUAUCCUGUGGGCUCAUCUCAUCCUGUGCUCUGUCUUUCAAGUCUCUUUCAACAGGCAUCUUGAUACUCCUUUCAUCAUUAAAACCGAAGCUGCAGAUGGGGGCUCGAUUUUUUCCAGGCUGCCGAUAGUCCUACCAGAGGGAAUCGAUCCCAAAAAUGUCAACGUAACGACUGUAUUUCUAAAAACCUGCACUGGUGCGAGAGAAGAGGUAUCAAAACUGAACAUACAGCUUCGGGACUCAACAGCUCUCAUCAACCAACUGGAUCAGAAGGUAUCUGGGCUGAGAAAUGAAGCCCAGCUGCUGCGAGUGGACCUUGUAAGAUGCCGUGCAACUGUCUCGACCACAAACACCUCUUUCCAAGUCCAGCUGGAUAGGAGGUUAUCCGAACUGCAGAGAAUAUCUGAAGACGACAGAACCUUGAUUCUGAAGAUCACUGACCUUGUCAGUAAAGUGAACACAUUAAAGGAGAAGAUCCUAUCUGCAACCAAUACUGCUGUCAUCACUGAGCUGCAGAAAAAGCUGGGGGAAGCCACCCUGGAGUUGAAGACUGAGAAACAGCGUUUAGAAACAAACCACCCCAUGUCCCAGCUUGUUUUUCAGAUCAUCACACUGCAAAAUGAGAUCUGGGAUUUGGAACGCAAAGAGUCACAGCAUUACAAUUACAGUUCAACAACCGCCACGCAAAUCCAGGUGUUACAAGAACAACUCGACAGACAGAUCAUUGAACUGCGGGGAGAGAGCCGAUUUGAUUCAUUUGUGGUGGAGCUUAUUUCUGUGAUUAACAGGAUUGCAGAGAAACGGAAGCUGAUCGUUUUGCUCAUCGACGAAUCCAAAAGGCAGUCUAGCGAUUCCCAGAAGCAAUGGCGUCAGCUCAUUGAGACCCUCAAAAACAAGAUUCUCCAGCUGACCAAUGAUGAGAACAACAAACAACUGACCAUGGAUAUUAUGGACCUGCAAAGCCAGUUGGCUGUUUUCAAUGAUCGCAGUUCCCGCAACACAAAGAUAAUAACAGACAGAAUUAAAGAGUUUAGAGGCUUUAUAGAAGUUGAGAAGAGACGGCAAGAGGAACUAAGGAAAGAAUUGGAGAAAGAAGACUUCAUCCAGGCUGACAUGAUCUUGAGGAUCAUCAGCUUAAUGAAACAGACAAGAGAGGAGAGGUAUGAGGAUCAAUACACAACAACACCAACAACACCAACAACAACAACAGAAGAAAUCAUCAAGCUCCAAAAUGCUUUACAAGACAAAGAAAGGGAGUUAUCCGAAACCCAGAAACAAAUCAAAGACCUGCAGGCAAAGCUGCAGCAGAAAGAUGAUAGCUGCUCAGAACUACAGAACAAGUAUGAGACGAUGAAGGAUGAAAUUGAGGAUAAAAUCAGCGAACUGAGCAGAGGUGGAGAGAGAAAAGUGGCUCUUGUUUUGGGGAUAUUGGAGCUGAAUAAUGUGUUAUCAGACCUGGAGACUCGACUCUUGACUAAAGAAGACGAAGAUAAGACCUCAGACAUGGAGGAGAUAGCGAGGAAGAGGGAAGAACUAAAGGCCAAGUAUGCAGAGCUGGAGAAGCUGAUCCCCACCAGCAAUUUAGUUUCAGAAAUCCUUUUGCUGCAGAGUUCUGUACGGGACCUGCUGGGAAGGCCUGUCAACAGGAACACAAUGCAACAAUUUCAAACGUUGCAAAAUGAGCUGGAGAGAAAUAUCACUGCAAAUGAAGCCGACGGCAAUGAGAAUAUUAACCUGGUGCUGAAAAUCAUGACACUGCAGAACCAGGUGGAGUGGCUGCAGAAACAGCUGUCAAACCCUCAGUUCUCCCAAAGCUCGGAGGUCACCAGACUGACAAACCAGCUUGAGGUCAGCAAGGGGAAACUCCAGAAUCUCAUUGAUGAACUGAAUGACAAGAGCCAAGCAAACUCCAGACUGACUUUGAAAAUCCUUGAGCUUCAAAACCAACUCAGAGAGAUAGCAGCACAACACCUUGGGAAAGCCAAGACGUGGACUGUUAUGCUUACUCAACUGAGAGAGGAGAUGGAGGCAAAAACAGAAGAGAACACCCGCAGUCAGGCUCAAAUCAAACACCUGCAACACAAACUGCAAAAGAAAGAGGCAGAAUGUUCCGGUACCCAACAGAGACUUGAUGUUGUGCAGAAGAAUCUGGAUGACAAACUCAAAGAACUGGAAGCCAAAUCAGACACUGUUACCUCACUUGCUCUUCAGGUGUCCAUAUUAAUGUCACAGCUUCAGGCACUGAACACAACGAAACAGUCAACUGAAGACGAAGACAAGGUGAAGGAGCUUCAGGAAAUAAUAAAUGAAAAGAAUAUUGAGCUCGCCAGCAAAACAGCACAACUGAAUGACAAGAGUUCUCAGGGGCAUAGACUGCUUCAGAUUUUCAUGGUACAGACAGAGGUUGAGCAUUUGUACAACAACGACAGUGAGGCCAACAGAGAAAGGAUUGAAGUGCUUCAGAAUCACCUGAAAGGUUUGAUUGGUGGAAUUCAAAAUGAAAACGACGAAGCUACCCAACAGAUUUUUCAACUAAUGAUUCUGCAAUUUGAAAAAAGGGCACUCAAUAAGGAAAAGGAGGACAUAAAGGCAUAUGCAAAGAAAAUUGAAGAGUUGGAGAAUGAAUUGGGGGACAAAAGAAAACUGCUCGAGGAGACAACGGAGAGGAUGGUCUCAAGUAAAACGGAAGUCGUACAUCUGACAUCUAAAAUAAUGGCUCUUCUCGGCCAAAUCAAGCAGUUGGAGACCAAUCUGUUUAACCUCAAUCAAGCUAGAAUUGAUAAGGCUGCAGAGGUUGAAAGGAAACUGGAGCUUAUAACGAAGCAACUUGAAGAUAGUAAAACUCGAUUCAGGAAUUCAGAUGCAGAGAACGUCAAGCUAAUGCUGGAUAUCGUUAAUCUCAGCAAUAAUCUAAAAGAAUUGGAAACAAAUCUAUCAAAAACUAGAGAGGUGGAUGAAAAUCAAAUCGAAGAACUACAGGAACAACUCCAGACUCUGGGCAGAAACCACCAACAACUGGAGACUAGAAACACAGUGUUGGAAAAAACGGUUAAAGAACUGGACCUCUGCUGUUCCAAUGUAAACGACGACUGUGACGAUGUACGGAGACAGCUGGAACAAAGCUUGGAAGAUGCUGAUCAGUUACGGAGGGAGCUGCGAGAGAAAGACGCCAUCAACAACCGAAUGCAGCGGGAGCUAAGAGAGUUGGAAAAAGAAAAAAACGACCUACAAUAUAAUUACAACACCUUGGAAAAUGAAAGGAAAAAACUUCAGGACAUUAUAGAUGAAAUAAAGAUUUUGGACAACGAAACCAUCCAAACAGAUUUUCAGAAAUUUGACCCAAACACAGCCAACCCAAGAGUCCUUGUAUCUAGCGAUAAAACCGAACUCUCCAUUGACGCUGAACAGCAAGAUGUGGUUGACCAUCCAGGUCGGUUUAACGUGGCUCUGGCUGCACUUGGUAGGACUGGCUAUUCAAGUGGAAGACAUUACUGGGAGGUGUCUCUGGUCGGAAAACUCUGUUACAACCUCGGGAUGGCCAGUGAAUCUGCAAACAGAAGGGGGAUUCUUAGGCUGCAACCUGCAAAUGGUUACUGGACCAUAACCUUGAAUAAACAAGGUUUUUACAGAGCGAUGGAUAGGCGACCUGUCCCUCUUGAACACAGGAGAGCCGCCACAUUGGGCAUUCUACUGGAUCACAGCAAGGGUCAGAUCUCUUUCUAUGAUUCUGGUACCAGAGCACAUAUCUACUCAUUUGUGGGUCAAGUGUUUACUGACAAGAUCUAUCCAUUUAUCAAUACAUGUACUGAUGCUGACGAUAACGUUCCAAUUGUCCUCAUUCCUCCUGGUCCAGUGACAUGGAUAAAAUAGUCACAAGAUU